UUUCUAUUUAGAGGAAUUGAAUUCUUUGUCAUUUUAUGUUGGAGCGGGGUAUUUCAAGGUAAGUAUAUAUAAACUCGUGAUUUUAUUUUCUUGCACCUUUAAUGGGGGUGUGACUGCGGAUUUAUAAAUGCAAAAUGCGUCUGUUUUUAAAUAUUUUAUUCACCAUUGCGGUAGUUUUAGCUACAGAUGAAAAAGUCACAUUUGAAAACUUUAAAGUUUAUAGAAUUUUACCUCAAACUGAACAACAUGUUGAUUUGUUAAAUCAAAUAAAGCAGGAUGAUAAUUUUCUCUUUUGGAAUGGACCUGCUUUUGUAAACAAUUCUGUUGAUUUAAUGGUGGCCCCUGAACAAACUAUUGAAUUUGAAAAUAGAAUGAAUUUUAUUGGGAUUAAUUACAAUACAUUCAUUGAAAAUGUUCAGGGUCUAAUCGACACCGAAAAUCCAAGAAAAAAGACAAAUUCAGAGUUUGCUUUUAAUGAAUAUCAUACAUUGGAUGAAAUUUAUGACCACUUGGAGUCUCUGUCUAAAAAUCAUAAUGUUGUUCAAGUUGUUGAUGCUGGAAAAACCACAGAAGGUCGUUCUAUAAAAGGUGUGAAAAUUUCUUACAAAAAAGAAAAUCCUGGUAUCUUUAUAGAAGCAGGAAUUCAUGCUCGAGAAUGGAUAACUCCUGCCACAGCCUUGUAUCUUAUUAAUCAAUUGCUGAACAGUAAAGAAAAUAGUAUUCGACAACUUGCUGAGAAUUACAAUUGGUACAUAUUUCCAAGCUUUAAUCCCGAUGGUUAUGUUUAUACUCAUAAUAAGAAUCGUUUAUGGAGAAAGACGAGAUCAAAGAAAAACAAAUUUUGUCCUGGAGUUGAUGCCAACAGAAACUGGGGUUUCAAAUGGAUGUCCGGUGGUGCAAGCAGUUUUCCUUGUGCUGAAACUUAUGCUGGAUCAGAGGAGUUUAGUGAACCCGAAACAAAAUCAAUGGCUAAUUAUAUUAAAUCAAUUUCUAAUGAAAUAUUUGCGUAUAUUUCAUUCCAUAGUUAUUCUCAACUGUUGAUGUUCCCUUAUGGUCACACUAAAUCACAUUUAGACAACUACGAUGAAGAGUUGUCAAUGGGAAAGAAGGCAAUAGCCGCUCUUCAGCAAAGAUAUGGUACAAAAUAUGUUACAGGAAAUAUUGCCGAAACCAUUUACAUUGCGAGUGGAAGUUCCAGUGAUUGGGUAAAGGGUACAUUAAAAUUACCAGUUGUCUUCACAUAUGAAUUUCGUGACAAAGGCAGAUAUGGCUUUUUACUUCCUGCAAGUCAAAUUACUCCAAAUGGUGAAGAAAUAGUUGAUUCGUUAAUUGCAAUGUUUGAAGAAGCUGCACGCUUCGGUUAUCCAAAAAGGACUUGAAUAAAUAUCAGUUUAUAAUAUUUA